AUUCCCACAAGGCAUUCCUUUUUUUUUUUAUUUAAAAAAACUCUGCUCAUUCUCACUCGCUUCAGCAAAAAGGGACAUUAAUAUUAUACGUUAUGCACCACUACGGUCCUAUGAAGCCAAAGGCUCGGCUGUUGCUCUGCUUGGUAACAACGCUUGCGUUCUUGACAGGCCAAGGGAACUUUGGCUAUAACGCAGGCAGGAAGACUAUAGCCAUUGUAGAUGCACAACUAGUGGUACCAUUCCUACAGGACACACCAUUAUCGCCAUCAUCACCACCACCUAUGCAUCUUCGAGGCCCACACACCAAUAAAGGGCUCAACAUUCAGGAGGUAUUUUCUCAGGAUUACAACAUGGAUGAUAGAUAUAAGAAAACAGAAGGGGAGAAGAAAUUCAAAGAUGAGGAUGACAACUCCAAUAGUCUUGCAGACCUGCGCACAGAGGCAGAAGUUAGGAGCGCAUUGGAGGAGGAGUGCAGGCAAUUCUUAUCGGAACCCACGUCAUCAACAUUCAUUGAAGCAGAAAUAAAGAGAGACGCGUUCCCUUCAUCGGAACCCCCUCCUUCUCGCUGGAGGCUCUGGUAUCGGAACCCUGCAAAGAAUAUUAAGGAAGAAGGGCUUCUGAUGAGUAAUGGUGGACGGGUACGAGUGUUGGUCGGUGGAGGGAUUAACCAAGAGCGACUUGUGUUGAAUGAAGAGAGCUGCUGGUCAGGAGGACCUGGAUACCCUGAACAGGGACCGCAAUCUCAACCGCAAUCUCAACAACAACAACAACAACAGCAGCAGCAGCAGCAGCAAGAGUCCAUGGAUACUAAUGUUGGGUACAAUUACAAAAACAACAGCGGUAAAAUCAACAACAACAACAAUAAUAAUAAUAAUAAUAAUAACAGCUACUACUACGAUCGUGAAAGCGAAGGAGAUAAUGUGUACAGAGGCGGAAAUGUAGCAGAGAGUGAAGCAGAGGCAAGGCAAAAGGCGCUGGGGGGAUUUCGAAAGGCAUUGGAUGAGAGGCAAGUGAUUAAAACAUCCAUGCCGAUCGUCAAAACAUUACAAGGGGAUGAACGUGGGUUUGGACGGCCCGAGGCAUUUGGUGAGAUCUUGAUCAGCGAGUUACGCCCGUUCGCAAUAGUAGAGCAAUAUAAACGUGAAUUAGAUCUGGAAACUGGAGUCAUUAGGGUGACCUUCUCGGCACAAGGUGUGGACUACAGCAGAGAGUAUUUUUGCAGCUACUCAGAGUCAACCUGUGUGAUGCGUAUGCAAGCCUCUGAACCAAAGUCUAUGAACCUCAAAGUUUCGCUCAAAUCACAUCAAGAAAACAAUCUCGAGUACACCAAUAUUCAUAACCGGCUAGGAUUCCGAGCACAGCUGCAAUCCAAUAACAUGAUAGUUGAAGCACAAGUCGCAGUCAAGGCUGAGGGGGCCACGGGGGUGUCCAUGUCCAACAGUCGAGAAGUGAUAGUGUUAGGAUUUGACACGGUGACUCUAUACUACAGUUUGGGCACGAACUGGGAUACAAAUGAGUAUCCAACUUUUCGGGGCAAGGAUCCACACGUUCGCUUGCUCAAUGUGAUCGAUAAGGCGCUUUCCAUGUUUUAUAACGAUCAGCUCCAAAAGUAUCUUCAAGAAUACCAAGCUUUAUUCCGGAGAUUUGAACUGGAUCUGGGCCAACCAGCGACUACUCAACUGGCAACAGACGAAUUAGUGGAGGCGAGCCGGCAUGGGAAAGCAAAAGAUGAGGAUGAGAGCUACUUGGAUGGGUUGAUUACACAGUAUGGCCGGUAUUUGCUCAUCUCCUCUUCCCACAUCGGAUCUUUACCAGUGAGUGGGCGUCAUGUCUGGGGUGCUGAUGAAGAGGAUGGAAAGUUAGUUGAGGACUCGCCAAGCCUUGGCUACAAAAUGAAUAUUGAUCUGCAGAUGAACUAUUGGCUGGCAGAGGGGACAGGGCUUGGCGAGACAGUGAUACCGCUGCUCGACUAUAUCGAGAAACUGCUCGUCCCUCGUGGCCAAGAGACAGCUAGUCUUCAUCAUGGAGUCCGCGGAUGGAUGACACAUACAUUCUCCAAUAUCUGGGCACAUACGGGUCCUACAGCUCAACCAAAUUCAUUCUAUUUCCCGGCUGCAAAUGCUUGGCUCUCUCAACAUGCAUGGGAGAGGUAUCUCUAUAGUCAAGACUAUAAUUUCUUGAGGGAUCGUGUGUACAAGGUGAUGAAGGGAGCAGCACAGUUUUGGAUUGAUUCUUUAGCGCAACAGUAUCCGCAACAGCAGCAGCAGCAGCAGCAGCAGCAGCAACAGCAACAACCAUCUCAUUGCAAUGGCUCGCGUGUGAUAUCCCCAUCAUAUUCUCCAGAGCAUGGUCCCUUCACAGUUGGCUCUGCAUUGGACCAACAAUUGGUCUGGAAUCUAUUGAACUCGACAUUACAGGCGACUACAAUUAUUGGUGAACGGGACAAGGACUUUAUUCAAAACCUAACAGAGACUUUGAGCAAUUUAUCACCGGGAUUCAAGAUCGGACAGUGGGGUCAGUUACAGGAAUGGGAUUUGGAUUUGGAUGAUCCUAACAACGCUCAUCGACACUUAGCGCCGUUCUGGGCCGUUUAUCCAGGACAGGCCAUCUUUGUCCAACCAAAAGGGCCCACAGGCGGCGAGGGAGGAUGUGAAGCUAAUCCGGGCCGGGAAGAGCUAUUGGAGGCUGCCAAGAUGACGCUUGAACGGCGACGUAUGGGAACAACGGAGGAGGACUUGGGAUGGCCUAAGAGCUGGCGUGCAGCUGCAUGGGCUCGGCUUGGCAAUGGGACAAUGGCUAAUAAAGCACUGAAGCUGUUCAAGGAACAUAAUCUCAAACAUACGAACUUGUUGGAUUUUGAUGAGGGGUACUCUGGACUGUUAGGGAUGGCUGCAGCGAUAGUGGAGAUGGUGAUACAAAGCCAAUCACCGGGUUCUGUGGAUGUCUUGACUUGUGCAGAGACAGGGUUGCCAGAUCGAUGGUUGAAUCAGGGAUCUGUUCAAGGGUUUAGGACGAAAGAGGGACAUACUGUAGCCGUGAGCUGGCAAGGACGAAAAGUCAAGGUUGUAGAGACUGAGGCAACCUUAAAGGGCUCAGUGUUGACAGUGAGGAUUGGAACAAUGAAAGGAGAAGAUGUGACGCCAAAUGACAAGAUCCAUGUGUCCAUCAAGGGCUCAACAAAGACACCUGUAUAUUCCCGUGAAGAGGACACGAUUGUGUUAACUAUGGCUAAAGGCCAGAUAUAUGUCAUCGAGAUUGAUACUUGAAUGAAAU